AUGCCGGGUAUAGUAGUAUUUCGACGACGAUGGAGUGUUGGGAGUGAUGAUCUCGUAGUCCCAGUUCUUGGGGUUCUAUUGGGAAUAAUUCCUUGGGAUCGAAGCAUUACUUGCACUCUACUAUUAUGGAAUUAUAUCCUUGGUUACCUCAUCAUAUUUAUUAUAAGUUUGGGCGUCGAAUUAGCUAUAUGUAUUUUAUCCAGCCGAGGAAGUAUUCUUGACACUGCAGUUCGCGCUCCAAUCAAGCAUUUUAUUUACAGUCUUUUGCUUAUCGAAACAGGAUGGCUUUGUGCUGGUAGUACAUGGCUAGUUUAUUACUAUAAAAAUUGUUCUGCGGUUAGUGAAGCAAAAGAUGUUACGUUGGCAUUGGUGACCAUUACUGUUUGGUGUACUUAUGAUACAGCUGGAAGGUCGUGGGUAAAGAUGAAGAAAUAUCAACGUAGCAUGAGAGAAGCUGAAUCUCGAACUGGUAGAAUGCAUUAUAAACGCAGUGGUAGUCGUAAUAGAAACUGGCGACAAAGAAAAGUUAUCCGUGCUUACCAAAAUAGUUGGGAUAACAGAUGUAGAUUGCUCUUUUGCUGUAUGCGUAACUCUGACAGAAAUCAGAAUUCUUUCACAGAUAUUGCAAGACUUUUGAGUGAUUUUUUCCGUGACCUAGAUGUUGUUCCGUCGGAUGUAGUAGCUGGACUCGUAUUGCUCCGAAAAUUCCAAAAAGUUGAAAGAGAGUUAAUAAUAAAACAGCGUAAAAAUGAUACAUAUGAAUUUCUUUCUGGUGUUCCGAUAACACCAAGAACAAAAUUUUUAUCACUAACUGAGGAUGGAGAUAUGUUACAUUUUCAAGAUACAAUUCAUUACAUGCAUUUUGCCUUAGCAGCCUACGGUUGGCCAUUAUUUUUAAUAAAUCAUACCACAGGUCUUUGCCAAUUGUGUACUAGAAUAAGGUGUGAAUGCUUCCCAUGUGUAAAAAAUGAUGAUGAUGCCAUUGUCAUUGAUGAUAAUUGUUGUCAGUGCAAUUAUGCGGCACUUCAACGAAUGGUUGAUGUUGGCGAAGUUGAUGUUAUUUAUGCAACUUUUCAUGUAGAUAUUGGAGAAACUCCGUUUUUUGUUGCAUUAGAUUACACACAACGAAAGCUUGUUAUUAGUAUUCGUGGAACACUCAGUAUGAAGGAUGUUUUGACAGAUUUAAAUGCAGAAGCUGAAGUUUUACCACUAACACCACCACGAGAAGACUGGCUUGGACAUAAAGGCAUGGUUCAAGCUGCUGAAUAUAUACGAAGAAAAAUAACUGAAGAAGACAUUAUUACGAAAGCUUUAAACAAAAAUCCGGAGAGAGGUACCGAUCAAUUUGGAUUAACAUUGGUUGGUCAUUCAUUGGGUGCUGGGACUGCAGCAAUUCUUGCAAUACUUCUCCGACAGGAAUACCCAGACCUGAUAUGUUUUUCUUAUGCUCCACCGGGAGGUCUUUUAAGUAUGCCAGCACAGCAAUAUACCCAAGAGUUUAUUACCUCAGUUGUUGUUGGAAAAGACGUAGUCCCAAGAAUAGGUCUACGGCAAAUGGAGAGUCUACGUGCAGAUUUAAUAAAUGCUAUUAAAAGAAGUGUAGAUCCAAAGUGGAAGACUAUUGCGUGCUCCGUGAUGUGUUGUGGAUGUGGAUCGGUACCAACGUCCGCAGCAAACUUGGAAGCUGGUGGAAGCAUUGCUGAAUAUCAGAGAGACAAAGAUCAAGCCAGAGCACAGACAAUUGUUCCAAGUGAUUCCAGUAUUGCUCUUACGCUUCACACUCCACUUUAUCCACCUGGUAAAAUCAUUCAUGUAGUUCGACAUCAUCCAAACAAGGGAGAAGAAAAAUAUGAUUCUCGGUGGAGACAAUUAUUACGAAAAGGAGAACCUGUGUAUCAAGCUUUGUGGGCAGAACCAGGUGAUUUCGAUGAAGUUCUCAUUAGCCCUGUAAUGAUACAGGAUCACAUGCCAGACAACAUGCUCAAAGCGCUCAAUAAGGUGUCUGCGUGCAGGCCUAAAAGUGCUGUGAUUACAACAUCAGUUCAAAUAUUGGGAGUUGGGACAUCUGACAAUCAACAUUCCAUGACGCUUCAACAUCAAAGUUCGACCCUGUAUGACGUUGUAACAACUCUGGGACCAGCAAAGCCACAACGUUUGACAUCAGGUCACACGUCAUUAGCAGAGGCUUCAGAAAAUCGUAAUCCAAAUAAGAUUGAAGAACGGGAAAUAGAGCAGGAAAUGCGAGCCCUGCUUCCAAAAAGUCCAUGCAAAUCACGCUCGUUAACAAUUGGCACUCCGCCACACAGGUUGUGCCUUGAAACUAGUUUUACAUCACUUCAGAGUCCAAUGGAAUUGCCUCAUACUGAACGCGAGUUAAGCGUCGAUUCCAGGGGAGUGCCUUGGGAAUACGUCAGCCUGGCAAGCGAGUUGAUAACUACACCCAGGCACGAUGACCAUAAAUUCUUCAACCAUCCACUUAAUUGGGAAUAUACUCAGAGAAUAGCCCCUCUAGCCACGCCAGAAACAAUGUCAGAGGCUAGUAACUCGCCAUCACCAUUGCCUUCAACUAGACCCAUAAGACGUACACCAAAAAUACCAAGAAACCUUUCAACUGCUGCAGAUGAUCUUAAAAGUAAUCUUCACUAUGCAAUGCUCGCUUCCAAAAAUUAUGGAUUGUGUGAUGAAAUCGCUGGUAGCAAUAGCAGCAGUGGAAAUAGUGAAGCUAGUUAUGAAACAACGAAAAGUCAACGCCAAGGAGUCCAACCACCUCCAGUUCCACAGCGACGAGAUUCCAUUAUCUUAAAAAGAGAACAGACUGUAUGUACUGCUGCUUGUUGCAGAGAUGAUCUUUCUGACAAUUCUACUCCUUCAUCAAUUCAUUCAACAUGUAUUAUUCGUAAUACUAAUCAAGAAGAGAUCGAUACAAACGAAUCGAAUUUAGAUUUAUACGAAACGAAGGGGUUUCUUACUCGCCGUGACAGCAUUAAUAUAAAAAGCUCUCCAGAAUGUAGAAGACUUAUGACACCUGUUAUUAAUAUAAACGCUGAAUGGAAAAAACCAUUUGAUACAAUCGGUGGAACUUCUGUUGAUACAUCACUUCCACUGCUCCGCGGUUUAUCACCAACUCCGAGCCAACAUACAUCACCAUUUUCUAAUGCCAAAAGAAAAAAAUAUGUAUACCCAAUCACGUUGGUUGGUCGAGGUGAAAGUAGUAUUAAAAUAACCAAAACUUUUAUCAUUUGUAAAUGA